AUGUCGAAUCGUCGCCACGUGCCCCACGCUGCUGCGGGACGCACAUUGUCCUGGCCAGACAACAACAACGUCCCAUGUCUGCAGACGGUUCGUGGCAUUUGCAUGCGACGCGUGCUCCUCUGGUCGCUCUUUGGGCUCUGGGUCUUUGGCAUCAGCGCGUACGUCGCCAUGUGGACCUACUCGCUCCUAAGUGGCAUUGCCUGGGUCGUCACUGGUGGGCGCGCGCUGCUGCCAAGGACUGUCGCAGUGUAUCUCGUGUUUACCAUCGCAUACGAGAGCUACCAUUACGUCACGCGCGACUCGUCGCAUGAGUGGCCCCGGAUGCGGCAUUUGGCUCGAUCGAUUCUGCUGCGUUACCCGUACUUUCGACUCAAUGUGACAGUCUUUGAGGAGCGCGAGCUCGCGAAGCAGGGACAGGUGAAGAGGAGCUCAAUGAAGGAUGAAGAUGAUGAGGAAGAUGAGGAAGAUUCUCGUGCUGGAAGCCACUUGACUGCAGCAGCAGCAGCUCGAGCGAUUGAAGAGAACGACUUGGUGCCAUGUGUGGAACCCAAUGGCAAGAAGUUGUUUGCCUACCAUCCGCAUGGAGUGCUCACGUGCGGCUUUGCGUUCAAUGGCGCGUACCACAUGACGUUUGAACGCUCGGCGUGUCGAUGGCUCUCAGCCGACAAUUUGUUCUGGUUCCCGCUGAUCCGGGACAUUCUGAACUGGAUGGAGUUCAGCAGCUGUGCGAAAGCGAGUAUGCGCAAGUUCAUGCGCAAGGGGCAGAACGUCUGCAUCAUUCCAGGCGGCUUUGAGGAAGCGACGCUGUUUGAGAGAGGCAAACAUCGCUUGUUUCUCAAGCACCGCUUUGGGUUUAUCAAACUGGCAUUGCAGCACGGCUACGAGGUGCACCCGGUGUACACUUUUGGCGAGGAGUACACGUUCCAUACGUUCCCGUACUUGCUGCAGUUACGGCUGCAGUUGAAUCGCUGGCGAAUCCCUGGCAUCCUUUUCUUUGGGGAUGCCAUGUGCUUUUACCUUCCACGCAACGAUGUGGACCUGAUCACUGUGGUCGGGAAACCGCUUCGGUUCCCACGAAUCGAGCACCCGACGCAGGAAGAAGUGCGCGAGUACCAACUGCAGUACGUACAGGCGGUAAAGGACCUAUUUAACGCCUACAAAGGUGUCUAUGCUGUCGACCCGACAGCUACAUUGGAGAUCUUCUAG